AUGCCUACUGCCGACAUUGUAGGCUUUUCAUCCACCCUGAGCUUGUCCUGGAUAUACGCCUGGAUAGGGUUUUUCUAUCUAACCCGCAAAGCUUGUGAUAUUUACCUCCUCUUAAUCGAGCUGUUUGUGUUGAGCGGUACAGAUGUAAGUCUUCUCGAAUUGAGGGCAAAUUUAUUACGAAGCUUCAAAAAUGGCGAAAAGAGCUCAUGGGCUAUCAUUAAUGGCGUUGAAGAUGAUCUAGGCGCCGAAUAUGCUUUGGCCCUCGCAUCGCACGGUUUCAAUACUCUGCUUCUCUCCCGCACGCAAUCGAAGCUGGAUACGCUAGCCCAAGAAAUCAAAUCUCAGUAUCCAGAUGCGCAAACAGGAAUCUUGCUCACAGAUGCCUCCAAGCCCUCAAGCGAUAAUUACAACGAACUCGAAGCGUGUAUUAAGCACUUGAAUGUCGCAAUUUUAGUCAACAACGAUAGUCAGUUGCAUACAAUACCCGUUCCGUUCGUCUCUACGCCCAAAGAAGAGAUUACAGAUAUUAUCUCUGUCAACUGCACAGCAACGCUCAUGGUUACGCGGCUCAUUGCUCAGGGCAUGGCUCAGCGGCACCGUGGUCUCAUCUUGACAAUGGGAUCGUUUAACGGGCUCUUCGCUACGCCACUCCUGGCUACAUACAGUGGCAGCAAAGCUUUCCUACAGCAGUGGUCUACGGGACUUGCUGCUGAAAUGAAAUCAGAAGGCGUGGAUGUGCAGCUUGUGCUGUCGUCGACCAUAGCAAAGGUCGGAGAGGGUAGUUGGUUGAUCCCUACCCCCAAGGACUUUGUAAAGAUAGUCUUGGGGAAGGUAGGGAAAACUGGUGGUGCACAUUGCAUAGGCUGGUCCAUGACUCCGUAUUGGGCCCAUGCUUUCGCGCAGUUGGCCCUGCAGAACUUGCCUUCGCUGUCGGGUGAGAUCGUCCCAAGGAUCCAGAAGUAUAUGCAAGAACGAAUAAGGCUGCGCGCAUUCGACACCAUGGAUAGGGAGAGGAAGGCUGUUUGA